AUGGUCGCGUCCCGCGGCGUGGGCUUCGGGAUCAGCGCGGCCGUCGGGCGGCGCAGCAGGAGCCGCAGCGGCGGAGACAACGACGACCACGCAUCGUCCGAGCUGGUUCUGCAGCUCCAGAGGCUCUGCAGACGCCAGAGACAGCGCUCCGAGGAGCGCGCCUUCGUGCGCGACGUGGAGCGCGUGCUGGCGCUGCUGAGGGUGCAAACACCGGCGUCCGGCGUGACGUCGGCCACGUUUCCAGGCCCCGGACUGUCGCUGAGGGACGGAGAGACUCUGGGCAGCGUGCAGGAAGAAGAUGAAGCGGUGGGCGACGACCGCCGCAGCUCCGUGGCCAGCAACGCCUCGACGUUAAGCUCUAUUAGCGCCAUGAGCUCCAGUGAGAGGCUGCAGCUGGCCCGCGUGACGUUGACGCUCGCGGAGAUCGACGCGCUGUUGGACUGCAUCGCGGACCUGUUCGACCAUAGAAACCCGGGAGUGCGCGCGCUGGCCUUUGAGGUGGUGCAGCUGUGCCUGCUACGCUUUGGUGAGAGACUGACCCCGGCUUUGAGACGGAAGAUUUACUUACGGUUGGAGACACACCCGUCUGGAGAUUUCCUGCUGCAGCAGAAGGCUCUGCGUGCUCUGACGCAGGACGGACGACACCUGGAGCCUUUUCACGUGGAGCUUGGCUGGUUUCUGCUACGGUUGUUGGAGCAGUCAGACGCGCAGAGAGACCUGCUGGGACUGAUUCAGAACAUCCUGUGUCGCAGUCCGCGGGCGCUGGAUCGUGACAAAGUGAUUGCGAUUGUGUCCGUUAUAAGCGCGCGGUGUGAUAUGGCUUGGAGUCGCAGCGAUCUCGAGGCAUGUCGAAGGUUUGUCGCCUUCUUCCACGUGCUGGCAGUCCACGAUCUGGCCUAUGCAGCAAGUACGCCGGCUUGCCUGAGGUCGCUGUGCUGUCUUGUGAAUGCUGACGGUCAUGGGACAUGGUCCGUGAUGAAGCUGCUACUGAAUGGAAGCUCGGGCUUCCUUGUCCUGCGAGGUCUGUUGCAGGUGCUGGAGCAUCCUAUGGGAGCCAAUUCGCCUUGGGUGCUCCGAGGUGCAGUAUUUUUUGUUGGUAUGUCUUGUUGGGGAUCGCAGCGAGUGCCGAAGUUUGACGAUAUCGCGUGGGCCCCCAUUUUGCUGGCUCUUGAACGAGCAUUGGAGUGCUGUCGGGGAGUGGUUAUAUUUGAGGUUAUCUUGUCUCUACAGCGACUUAUCAAGAAGUUUGGUGCGGCUCAUCCAUCAGGAAGUGGUGGGCAACAUCCGACCAGUCACGACUCGACUGUAUCAAGUGGUGCGAGCUCCUCGUCUACUGCAGCAACUACUACUGCAACCGCAGCCACAUGUGCCAACCGAGACAAGCGCCGGCUAGUUAUGGAAUGGGAUGUGAUUUUGCGCAUGUUACAGACACUAACGCCGUGGGUAUCUAUGACUGAUGAAAAUGAAAUUGAAGAGGCCCCCCAGCGUGCAAUGCACAAUGAUAAUAGGCGAUCAGAAGUGAAGGCACAUCGUGCGGCGGCAAUUCAUCCUACGACUGAUGAGCCGGAUCAACCGCAACACCAGCUUUCGGUGUCGAUUCAGCAGACGCGAAUUCCGCGCGAGCUACUUGAUACACUGCAAGCUGUGGAAGAGCUUGUAGAACAACGCCAAUUUGCCGGCGAUGUGGAUGAAUUUCUUAAUGUUCUGGAGAAUUAUCUACCGCAUCUUAGUGAGAGCUCGAUGCUGUUUUUGCUGCGGCAGCGUGCGGAGGCAGCUCAUCCAGGAUACCAUCUCGACUGGCUAGCAACUUUGUCGUCUGCGAUGCGCACGUUUUUUUCGUGCGUCAGUUCUGAUGGUGACACCCUUCCUGUGCCAAGCGCUGUUCGCCUGGAGGCGCUGGAGAUCUUGCGCGUUAAUCUUUGGACAAGCCGCAACGUCUGCGAAGAUCGUGUCAUUGAAGAAGUGGUGAUCCCGACGCUUGGUCGUGUGUAUGAAGAUCCUGACCCAGAAGUACGCCGCCGGGCUCUCGGGUUCAUCAUUGAGGUGGCACGCCAACUGGAAAGUGUCAAGUUUGACUCGCUGCUGGAUAUCCUUGCCAACGCUAUGUUGCUUUCAAGCAACGAAGACGCUCAAGUUGUAGCAGCAUCCGGUAUUGUGGCGCUGUUCUCGUCUGCGUUUGACCAUUUGCCACCUGCUCGCGCGGUGCGCAUGUACGAUCUUCUUGCCACUACCGUGGAAACCCAUCGCAGCCGUGCAGUACGACAUAUCGCUCUCACGUGCUUGCUGUAUGUGUGUGAAGCACGUGCAACCGAUGGAAAGCUUCAGUGGAAAGAGCAGCAAGUGCGAACAUCCCGCUUUUUAUUUGUGUCCCGUCGUGCUGCUCGAAUCAACGCAGCAGGUGUGCAAUUGACUGCCGCGUGUGUACCGGUUGCGCGUGCGCUACGCGCUUUACUAACGCUGGUCAGUGCUGAACCUGACGCGGAGCUUUUCCGUAUGGCAGUGAAAGGUAUCAAAACCAUGUUGGAAAACCGUGCCAUUCUCGAAGAUGUGGAUGUAAGCGAGGUGUCGGCGAAAGUUGUGGCUAGUAUUGAUUACCGAGCUUUUGGUCGAGCUGCCAUUGCUGACGAGGUUGAAAGAUUGCUGAACAUGCAGACGAGUGAACGCAGUUCAAGCGACACAUAUUCAGCGGCUCUAAUUACUCGAGAUCAAAAGUCUCAAGAUGAGUGUAAACGUGUCAGCCGGUCAAUCCCGCAAACGGACGCAGAACUUGUCCGAUCGAUUCAUGCAUCAACGAGGUCCAUAAGCACGGAUGCGAAUGAUAGCACCGAGAUGUCAUUUUGUGCAAGCCUGAGGGCAACGGCAGCGCUGCUCGCGAAGACUCAGUUCCUCGCCAUGGGGAUAGAAUUGCUGCAGUUGCUAGUUAGCUAUGAAGCUGAGCUGCAUGACAACGCUCUCCAAGAACUCACGCGAUGUCUGGUGGGUGCAAUGGAACUACGCCUGGCUGUUGCCGAAAAGGAUUUGUUCGCUGGUGGUACUGCGGCGGAUGACUCGACCCUAUCUACGUCUUCGUCUUCACCGAAUAUAUUGUACCAUCACGACGGGGCAAAUGCAGCUGACCCAUAUGCAUCAGGCACGCCACUCGGCUUCACGUCUCGUGUGCUGUCGCGCUUUCAAACCUCAGCAUCUCAUGGUAAUCUCUUCCAUGCGCUAUCGGGGUCUAUGAGCAAAUCGUCCAUGGGUUCAGCGACAACGCGCUCUGAUACGUCUCGCAGCCGCCCAACUCGGAUAGAUCGAGCCCGAUUGCAAGGAUUUUUACGCCAACUUUUCGAUUCGGAGUUCAAGUUGUUGCACACAACAACAACAGCCCUUAGUCUGCUGACACUUCUCGCGCCUUCCUCCGUACUGAGCCAACUUGAUGAAAUACUGCAAACCGUGCGGGGUUGUGUUACCACUGUGGACGGAGAUUUUCGACCGGACGCAUUCGUUGCAGUGCUGGAGCUGUUGGGAACCAUAACGCCAAUGCUGCGUCGAGGGCGUGAAGACAGCAGGCUUUCUGCACGUAAAGCUAUCGUGGAGGCGCUUUUACUCGGGUUCGAGUACGCGAAGUCAAAACAGCUCGCCUAUCUUUCUUUCCGACUUCUGUGCCAAGUGAUAUACCAAAGUGAUCGAACGGAACGCAUUUCACUUGCGUCUCUGGCGAUGCCAACGUUACAGCAAUGUACACGUCGAGCAAACAGCCUGCUUGCCGAGGCUGCGGUUGAUUUCUUAAUGUGCUACGCGUACUCCCAAUCCAUUAUACCCCCGUCGGCCCUC